CAUUGAUACAGAAAGUAGAAGUUCUAAUAAAGCUUUUCCCAAGUUCCAUUCUCUCUUUUUCCUUUAAAAAAAAAAAAAAUCCAUUCUCUUUUAGUACUCCCUUUUCCAUGAUCAAGCCAUAGGUUGAGUUUCCAAUGGCUUCCAUGUGCACUGAAAAAGCCUGUACAUCCUUCUCAUCGUCAUCUUCUUCUAAUCCUCUAUGGAAAUAUGAUGUUUUUCUUAGUUUCUAUGGUGAGGACACCCGUAAGAAUUUUACGGAUCAUCUAUAUGCUACUUUGAAACAAAAAGGUAUUAACACUUAUAGAGAUAAUGAAAAUCUUGAGCAAGGAAAACCCAUUGCUUCUGGGCUCAUGAAAGCAAUAGAAGAAUCCAAGUAUGCAAUUAUCGUUCUCUCAAAAAACUAUGCUUUUUCAAAGUGGUGCUUGAAUGAACUUGUUAAAAUUCUUGAAUGCAUGAAAGACAAGGAGCUGAAAGUUCUGCCCGUUUUCUACCACGUAAAUCCCUCUGAUGUUGGGAAUCAGAGGGAGACUUUUGGGAAAGCAUUUCUCAAGCAUGAAGAAGAUCGCAAGGUUAGCAUAGAACAGAUACAAAAGUGGAGAACUGCACUAAAAGAAGUGAGCAAGAUCCGCGGAUGGCAUUUGUUGGAUAGUCAUGAAUCAGAAGAUAUUCAGGAAAUCACAAAAAACAUAUUUGAUGAAUUGAAUCAUGAAAUCCCAAAUGAUCAUGAGCACCUUGUUGGUAUAAACUCACGUGUGAAGGAGAUGAUGAACUUAUUUAGUACAAUGUCAGAUGCUGUGCACUUCAUAGGGAUUUGGGGGAUGCCAGGGAUUGGUAAAACCACUUUAGCACUUGCCAUUUAUGGCAGAAUUUGUCAUCAAUUUGAAGCUAGCUGCUUUAUUCGUGAUGUUAGAGAAACAAUUGAAAAAGAAAAAGCUGGUCUAGUUAAUUUACAAAAACAACUUCUUUUUAAGACUUAUAGCAUUUGGCACAUAUCCCACAUCUACUGUGGGUGCUCUAAGAGUGCUAUUUGCAUUAGCUCAUUAGCAACUUCUACAGUCUACAGUCUAGAGUUUGUAGACAAAGUAAAAUGCGAGAUGGCAGAGGCUGAUUGGAUGGACCACGUUGUAUUGUCAGACAUAUCUCUUUUGCCUUCGGCUAAGCAUGACAGCAGAGAAGCAUCGUGGGUAGGGCUGUCCAAAGACUUGGCCAACCCGACCCACCUGCCGCCGCCGACCGAACCCGACUCGCCGCCGACCGAUUCGACUUCUCCGGCGGUCGGCGACGGGUUUGUUUCUCCAAAACCCGAAUUUGGCGGGUCGGAGGUCGGUUUUCCCUCUCCAGAAUCCGAUCAAACCGACCUGACCGACCCACAAGAUUUUUGGCGCUAUUUGUUUAAGACCUUGAAGGUAAAAGAAGAAAACAUAUGGGACUAUCAUGAGGGGAUCAAAAUCAUAAAGACUAGACUAUCCAAUAAGAAGGUUCUUAUUGUUAUUGAUGAUGUUGACAAAGUUGAACAACUACAGGCAUUAGCAGGGAGUUGUGAUUGGUUUGGCCUAGGGAGUAGGAUCAUUAUCACAAGUAAAGAUAAGCACUUGCUAAUAAGGCAUCAUCGGGAUACUAUUGUACAUAGGGCAAAUGGAUUAGAUAAUGAUGAAGCCUUGGAGCUCUUCAGUUGGAUUGUGUUUAACCAAACCUAUCCUAAAAAAGAUUUUGAGGAUUUGUCCAAUGGUUUUGUGAAGUAUGCUAAUGGGCUUCCUAUAGCUCUUAAAGUUAUGAGUUCCUCCUUGAUUGAUAGACCAAGAGAGGUAUGGGAAGAUUACCUACAUCAAUUAGAAGAAAUCCCUGAAGGAGAAAUUCUUGAUAAACUUGAAAUAAUUUAUAGGGGAUUGAAUGAAAUAGAACAAAAUCUAUUUUUGGAUAUUGCGUGUUUCUUCAAAGGGGAGGAUAAAAACCGAGUGGUACACAUAGAAGGUUUUGGUUGCGAGAAGAAUAUAGAAACUCUCGAGGACAAAUCUCUCAUUGCCAUUUUAGGGGGAAAAUUAUGGCUGCAUGAUUUAAUACAAGAGAUGGGUUGGAGAAUUGUUCGUCGUGAAUCACCUCAAGAGCCUGGAAGACAGAGUAGGUUGUGGUUUGUUAAGGAUGUGUUUCAUGUGCUGAAGGAAAAUACAGGAACAGAAGUUGUAGAAGGCAUAGUUCUUGAUUUUCAGGGAACAGAAGUUGUAGAAAGCAUGGUGCUAAACUCGCCUCCACGUAAAAAAAACUUGAAUGACAAAGCCUUCUCAAAUAUGAAAAGUCUAAGGUUGCUUAAAAUUUCUAAUGUGCACCUUCCUACAGGCCUCAAUUUUCUUUCUAAUAAGUUAAGAAUGAUGGAGUGGCACGAUUAUCCUUUGAAAUUCAUGCCGAUCAAUUUUCAACCGGACAAUCUUGUUGAACUCAUCAUGCCUCGCAGCCACAUUGAGCAAUUACCAGAGGGACUUACUAACUCGGCCAAGUUAAGACUCCUGGAUCUUAGCGACUCUAAAGUCUUAGCCAAGACUCCUAACUUCAUCGGAUGCCCAAAUCUGGAGAGGCUGAUUUUUCAAGGAUGUACAAGUUUGUAUGAGCUUCACCCAUCUGUCGGAGCUCUCAAUAAGCUUACUUUGUUAAAUCUGAAAGAUUGCAGAAGUCUUACUGGCCUCCCUUGCGAAAUAAACUUGAAAUCUCUAAAAAUUUUUAUUCUAUCUGGCUGUUCAAGUCUCAAGAAGUUUUCAGAGAUUGGAACUAAUAUGACAAUCUUGUCAGAGCUGUAUUUAGAUGGGAUUGCUGUGGAAGAAUUGCCAUCAUCACUCAAGCGUUUGACUGGCAUGACGGUCUUGAGUCUUCAAGGUUGCAAAAACCUUUCAAGUUUUCCAAGUGUCAAUUUGCCGUCUCUGAAAACUCUUAAUCUAUCGGGAUUUAAGUAUCAACCACCUAAAUCCUGCCUUUCGCACGGAUUCUCUCUCGUCCGUGCUGCACAUGCUUUUUUCCAAGGUUGCUUCCCUAUCCAAGAGGCCAUCAACCUGUUGUUGCCUAGGUUAAGAUUUAUUGUAUCUCUAAAUCUAGCUGACCGCAAUUUAUGGGACGGAGGACUCCCUGAUGAUCUUAGUGGCUUAUCCUCGUUGCAGGAACUGGAUUUGAGCGAAAACAACUUUAAACGCCUGCCUGAUAGUAUUUCUCAGCUUUCUAAGCUUAAAUCUCUUAAGAUGAAUGAAUGUAGCAGGCUUCAAUCAUUGCCAGACCUUCCGUUAAGUGUAGGAUAUGUAAGGGCAGGAAGAUGUCCUUUAUUGGAAAAGUAUUCAAAUCGGGAUGUUGCAUGGACUUCGGGUGAGACAGGGUUCACUAUGGUUGUUUGUAACAACAAGGAUGAUGACCAGAAGUGUUCAAUCCGCAUUCCGAUCUUACCAUACGAUGACUUGGACCCAUCCUUCGAAAGAUUUGUUGAGGGUGAAAUUCAGAAAAAUAAGUGCUUCUGCGACUUUUCAAAUUCAACUGGAACUCCAGAGUGGUUCAGCCAUCAGAGCCCUGGGUCAUCUGUAAUAAUUCCGCUACCUUCUGAUCUGCGUGAUGAUAGUAGUUGGAUAGGGAUUGCUUUGUUUACUAGUGUUGUAAUCCUUGAAAAUUUGAACAAUGUUUCUUCUGCUCAGGAUGAUGAAGUUUCUAUUGACUUUAUUUGUAGAUCAGACAUAAUUGAAGUUUCACGAAUAAAUUGUCUCUUAAACGUCACUGGAUAUCUACCUGUACCCCUUUUCCAUGCUAGUUCAUUUGGAUUGAAGAUACUUAUUCCAGUCGGGAUACUUAAAGACCAUUUAAAGGAUUGCAGUUGCAUUAGGGCUUUUAUUAGGAGCAAGUGCACUUAUUUCGAGAUCAAAACUUGUGGUGCGCGUGUACUGUACGAGCAAGAUCUGGUAAAGUUUAUACGAGCUAGUGGCAAGAUGAAGCAAAUAUCUAGAUGGUGUCAGGAAGAAGAUCAGCAAAAUAAAAGCUUUUUAGAGUUUUCAAAUUCAACUGAAAUUCCAGAGUGGUUCAGCCAUCAGAACCUUGGGUCAUCUAUAAGAAUGCCACUACCUUUGGAUCUGCAUGAUAAUAGUAGUUGGCUAGGGAUUGCUCUGUUUGCUGUUGUUGUAGUCCAUAAAAAUUUGAACAGUCAGGAUUAUAAAAUUUUUAUCGAAUUUAAUUGUAGACCAGACAUGGUUGAAGGCCCUGUAGAUAGAUGUACCUUGGACCUUAACAUCUCGGAAUUCGUACCUGAACCCCUUCGCCAUGAUGGUUCAUUUAGUUUUAAGUUAUUUGUUCAAGCUUGGCUACUUAGAGACCUUAUAAAGGAAUGCAGUUGGAUUAGCACUUUGAUUACAAGUGACAGCCCUUAUGUCAAGAUCAAGAUGUGUGGUGCCGGUGUAGUUUACAAGCAAGAUCUGGAAAAGUUUGUACAAGCUGAAGGCAAGAUCAAUCAAAGAUCCAAAUGCCAGAUGGAUAAGGUGGAAUCUAGUCAGUCCAACGACCGGCUUAAAAGAAAGCUAAUGUCAUUGCUUUUAAGAGUGUAUCAGGGAGACUUGGCUCGAAACCAUAAAUAUGAUUAUGUCUUUCCUCAUACGACAGUCCCAGACUGGUUCAGUAAUCGAAGUUUUUGUUCUGACAUAAGAAUUAGACUCCCCCCCAAUUUGCAGUGUGAUGGGAGAUGGAUGGGAAUCGCUGUGUGUGCUUAUUAUACUGUCCACAAGCAACCAGCAAUUUCUGGUGACAAUAAGAAUUUAACAAGUUUUCUCAACUUUUAUAAUCCUUUAAUUAGCCGUCGAGUUCACCUCACUCGACACAGAGUCUUUCAGGAAUCUAAAGACAUUUUUGUUGAGUCAUCCCAUCGAAUUUUGGUUAAAGAGUGUGGACUCCGCCUUUUAUACGAGCAAGAUGUUGAAAAAUUUGUGCAAACAUUAGCCCAGUGCAUGUUAGAAAGUCCAGAUGCCUAUCAUGAGUUUUUUUAUCAAAAUUUGUUACAUCAAGUUGAGGAAAGGGAGGCAAGCAAAGAUUUUGGUUUCUCUUCCUCACUGCAAAGGAUGCCUCAACCCAUGCCCAUCCUUCAACCAAGUAUUGAAAAUAUAGCAGAGGGCUGUACCUCUUCGGAAACAAGUCCGAGCUCUUUUAUUGGUUUUCUCGCAACAGCUAGGAAAGAGCAAUGUGCAAGUAUUAUGUCAAGUGAAUCUUUGAUCAAAGCACGUUUAGAGAAAAAUUUCGAUGAGGGUGAAAUUUUCCAUUGCUGUUUUGCUGAGCGUGAAAUCCCACAGUGCUCAGUUCCAGAUUUGUCUGUAGAGAGUUUUGGGAUCAAUCUUGUAUACCGGCAUAACAUGGAAGAGUUAAGGCAAAUACUGGUGCAAUGCUCUGCCCCAUUUGAUAGCUUCCUUGACUCCUGCAAUCCCCGGGAAUUCUGCGAUAUAUGGCAUAAUCAUCCUGAGGUAUUCAUUGGAACAAAGAACUCUUAUGAGGAACUACACCCCCAAAGGUUAUUCAUUUCUCAGGAGGAGACUAGUGUAACUGCUCAAUAUUCUUAUGAGGAGGAUUCAUACCCUCACAAUUGUUUCCGGUACUUUCAUCCAUCCACUUUAUAUAAUUCUUGUUUCCCAACAAGAAGAACUCCAAGGUGGUUUAAUCAUCAUUGUCGUCUUGGGCACUCGGUGACAAUUGAGAUACCCCCAAAUUUGUACGAAGACAACAAUUGGUUGGGGCUCGCUCUAUAUGCUUUUAUUUUAAUCCCCAGGGAUCAAGAAAAUGCAGUUUCAGCAAAUUCAUCUCACUUUCUAUAUUGUCAAUUCCAAAAGAGUAAAGCUAGUCUAGACAAUCAAAUCCUUGUUUGCCGCACCACUGAUGAAGAAAACAACUGGUUACAUCUAUUGUUUGGACUCAUUUGGAUAUCUUAUAUACCUGGUGAGGCCUUGAAGGAUAUGCUGCAUCAAUGUGGCCACAUUAAGGCUUCGUUUGUUAGUGAUUGGCCAAGCGUGAUGGUGCAAAAAUGUGGGCUUCGUCUUUUGUACCAGCAUGAUCUGUCACAGUUUGAGCAACAACUAAAACAUUGCAAUGCUUCCAUUUCUGCACUUCGGGAUUUCAUAUGUCAAUUUAGCCGUAGUGACACGAUACAAGAGGAAGGAUGGACGCAUAUGCCUAACAUUCCUAACGAAGUUGUAUCUCCACUCAAUAAAUAUGACCAGCUGGGUGGGCACUCUGAAUAUUCAUUUUGUUUUCCCCCAGUGGAAAUUUUACAUCGUUUCAAUUAUCAUAGUAAUGAGCCAUCAGUGAAAAUUGAUAUAUCCAAUGCUUUUUUCAAUGACAACAAAUGGAUGGGACUUGUUUUAUGUGCUUAUUUUUCAAGCGAUAAGCAUCAAACUGCAAUUAUUGAAGAUCCUUCAUCGAUUUCUCACCAUCUUAUUUGUAUUUUGGAAACGGACCUAGCUGGUCCAGAGCUAGGAAUCUAUGUCCACCGCACCAGUAAAAAAGAUUUUACGUGGCUAGAUAUUGAGGGUGGAUUUCUUUGGCUGUGCUAUAUUCCAUAUUGUCCGUUUCUAGAGAAGUUCAAUGAAUGCAGUUGCAUCAAGGCUUCAAUUAUAAGCGAUUGGUCAGGUAUCAUUGUGCAAAAAUGUGGGCUUAGUUUCUACCAUGAGGGUGAUGAUUGGUUUCAGAAAAUAAUAGAUCAUUGCAUUAUGGAAAACCAACAUGAAUCUCAAUAUUUCAUCGAUCAAUUAACAGCUCGUUAUAAAGUGAAAAUUAGUAGAGAUACAAAUCAGCUCUCCCAAAGCCACUUGCCGGGCUUUGAUGGAUCCUGUGACUAUAAUUCUUGUUGCCCUCCAACUGAAAUUCCGCAUUGGUUCCACAUUCAAAGUGAUGAGUCCCACGUGACAUUCAGACUUACUCGAGAAUUGCAAAAUAGAAGUACUUGGCUGGGAGUUGCUCUAUGUGCAGUUUUUUUAGUUACAACGGAUGUGGCUAGUUGCAAACUUAUUUGUCACUUGCAAGCAAGUAAUGGCCUGAGUGUGAAACCUCGCCAUAUCUAUUGGCCAACUAAAGAAAAUCUCAUGAUGUCACUGCUAGGAGGAUUCACUUGGCUGACCUACAUACCACGUGGGUCGUUUCCUGAUUGGCUAUAUGAUUGUGCCUUCAUUAAGGUUUCAUUUGAGACAAAUUGCCAUGACUUGAAGGUGCAGAAGUGUGGCCUUCGUCUAUUGUACCAGGACUCGGUGGAAGAGUUCAAGAACUGCAUGAAGCCCGAGUCUGAUUUUUUGGGCAUCCUUGAUCAAAAAAAGACUGAGAAUAUAAAUAGACAAAUUUGGUCUGGGAUUCAGAAUGUAAUCCGCAAAACUGACACACUGGGCUGUGAUGGAUGCAUUUUCUAUAAUUCCCGUUUGCCUUCAAGUGAAUUUUUGGAGUGGUUCAAUCAUCGGAGCGAUGAGCCCCGGUUGAAAAUCCCUCUACCUCCAAAUUUGUACAAUGAUAGUACUUGGAUGGGUUUGAUAUUACUUAUGGCCUCGUAUAUCAUUUGCAAACCAAUGUUGGUAGUGUGA